CCAUAGCAACGCUCCACUCACCUCCCCGGAGUACCUGUAAACUUGGCUUCCUGUCCUUAGAGGGAAGUUGUUGGUUUAAAGCGUCCUUAAAUUAAAAAAAAAAGUAAGGAGACGAAGGACAGAAGUAAAAUAUGACCAGCAAUAAAUACUCAGGUGCUCAGAGGGGACAUCCGGUAUAUAGUCAAAGAAUGCUUUUUACAGGUCCAGAUGGUAUAGGUGACUACAGAGUGAGAGUGGCUGACUUUCCUCGUUAUAUCGGAGUGGGAACUUUGUCUCCUGAGGGAACCAGUGAGCUUGAUUACAUGCAUCGUGCUGCUCCCGGCACACCUGCCCCAAUGCCCAAGCACUGCUAUGUUGGGGGAGUGGGAUGGGGAGUGCAAGAGUACAGUGCGCUAAAUGCCAGGAAUCUACACAGCAAGAUGCAGUUCCAGGUUUUUAAACUUGCAGAAUUCCGGCAGGCAUGUGAAGAAAGAGUGACUCACAGUUAUCAAAAUCCAUGGCAGCCACCUCCCCGUGUUCUUAAUGAACAAUCUGCAGGAGCCCGUGGUAAACUUGCCUGGACACAAAAUGUCUACCAGAAUUAUUACCAGCUGUCCCAGCGUAACAUGCAGAAACAAGACUCCCAAGAAACCUUUUCAGAUGUGCCUGAAGAGACCAGUCCCUUUCAAGACAAUGAGGCGAUGUAAUAAAAAAUCUCCUGCAUUCUUCGUCUACUGUAAAAGCCAUCAGAGGAUUAACAUUCAACAAGUCCAAUGACCUCACGUGUUCAAUCGGCUCUCUCAGCAAUAAGGUGAUUUAGUGCUUCUACAACUGGUCAUGAAUGAAUAAUGUAAAAAACACUUAAUGUCCAAAAUCCCUAUACAUUGCUUUUCAUUUACACAAACAUCAGCAACAUGUAGUUGUACCUCUACUUCUAAGACUACCACUUUGUGAAUAGCUGGUAUGAAUGUGGGCCUCCAUCUUGUGCCAUCUUGGGUUCCACUGUUCUGAUUUGCACUAUGUAGAAAGUCCAUUGAUUUAAUGAAGAAAUUAGUAGCUUAAGAAUGAAACUCAGCAGUUUGGUGAAAAAAUGACUUCACAGUGGUCUUACCUUAUGCAAGUCAGAUGCAGUUUACCUGUUUUUGGAAGGGUGAAACUUUUGCAUUAUUUUCCAAAGAAAGUGAACACCAGUUUUGAUUUGCUCUAAUUUUCAAUGCUUAGAGAACUGUGAUCCAACAGUGGUGUCAUUAAUGUUAAUAUGCCAGAUAUACACUCAGAAUCAAAUUGGCAGAACAGUAGAAGUUUACCAGUGUUACCAGGCUGUUCAAUUAAAAAUAAGAAAUAAGACCAAAUAGUCUUUGAGCCAACCUACUACUGCAAAAAAGUAAAAUUCAUAAUUUCAGACAUGUUAUACUGAAUUACUGUAUUUGUAUUGUGUCAGUAUUUAACCUGAAACCAAGGAAUAAAGAAAACCAAGUGACAGCACUCAACUGUAGAGGGAAGCGUUAUUACCUUUAACAAAAUUGCUUGCGAGACAAACUUCCAAUCUUAUUAUUCAAUCUAAAUUUAUAUAAAUGUAAAUACAUUAAGAUUGUGUUCUGGGAGGCUUGAAUGACAUGGCAGAAGUGGAAAACAAAGCUAAAAAACAGCAGGUAGCAUUUGUAUCAGUUAUUCAGCACUCUAUAGGAACACAAAAAAUAAUGACAGAUCUGGUUAUGCAUGUUUUUGGUUUAAUCAGAAUUACAUGUUAAACUUCUCAUUGCUUAACUGGAAAAAUCUGACUAUCAAAGUCCUCUCAGAAGAUCCAUUUUGAGCACUUAAUCUUCCAUGGAGGUCCAGCCUUAAGUUUCAUAACAUACCAUAAAACCAAACAAGUUGCAAUUUUGUUAAGAAUGAAUACCUGAGUGAGAGGACAUUCUGUAAGUGCAAUAUGAAACCCAGACUAUCACUUAAAUGGACUAAAAGAAAGGUAUAAAUGUACUAUUCACAUCAUGGGUUUUAUGAGGAAAAAAGUAAAAGUAAAAUGGUAGUUCUAAAGCAUGAAAGAAGUGAAUACGUGUUGUGCAAUUCAUAUUAUUUGCAGUUUAUUAAACAUGACCCAAUACCGAACAGGAAAUACAAAGAAUGACAAACACAAGCAAUGCCAGCUUCAAUAACAUACAUAUCAAUUUCUUCAUACAUACCACAAAUUUAAUUCCAUGCUCAAGACAUUCUACACAUACCUAAACCACAUACAUGCUAUUACAGUGUAGAAACCUUUGUUAUACAAAUAAAAUUGCUUAUUUUGUGGUCAUAACAUUAACCAGAAGCUUAAAUGAAGAACAAACUGUCACAAGAGAGAGACAUUGACAGGUAAGACUAAAAAAAAAAA